AUGCACUAUUGCCAUCACCUUCAACCUCCCUACAGGGGCUUCGCCACCAAUGCUCUCUCAGGCACCGUUCCUCCCACCCUUGGGAAUCUCCUUCUCACGUUAGCCCACACUAUCGACUCCCCAUCAACAUCGCAUGACCACCCUCCCUCCACCUCCUGCAGGGGUUUCGCCACCAACGCUCUCUCGGGCAUCGUUCCACCCACCCUCGGAAAUCUCCUCCGCCUCACGGAGCUCCCCUCCCCUCCUCCUCCGGCUACUAGCUCUCCUCCUCCUCCUCCUCCUCCUCCUCCUCCUCCUCCUCCUCCUCCUCCUCCUCCUCCUCCUCCUCCUCCUCCUCCUCCUCCUCCUCCUGCCACAAACACAUCUCCCUCCAUCCUUCCCCCUCCCUCCCUUCCAGUGAGCUCAACGAGAGUGGCACAGUGUGUCCAGGAGCCAGCCAGCCAUGCAUCCUCCUCCUCCUCGUCCGGUCUGCCUCUGGGAGCUAUCAUCGGCAUUGCAGUGGCCGGCGUACUCGUUAUUGUGCUCCUCGUUAUUGGCCUGUUUCUGCUCUGGAAGCGAAGGUCCAAACCCCAAGGCCGGGAGGAACAAACCAAUGCAACACAAGCUACUGACGUGGUGACAGAAGGCAGCGGCUUGUCAGUCGUGCCCAGCCAGGCGCUCAUGUGUCAGCGCUACUCCUUUGCCACUGUUUCCAAGGCGACAAACGAUUGGGCCGAGGCGAAUCACAUUGGGUCGGGAGGGUAUGGGGAGCUGUAUCGGGGGGUGGAGGAGAUGGCAUCAAAGAGCCAUCCGCACUUGGUGCGGCUGCUGGGGUACUGUGUGGACAUGGAUAUGACAACAGAGCACCACGAGCAGAUUGUCAUCUAUGAGUUCUGCUCCAAUGGGGACCUCGAAAAGUACCUCAGUGGAGAGGUCAUACUAACGAGGCCUGCUGUAGUGGAGGAGAAGGGUAUCAACACCAGCAUCAAGGAUUGGGCUGCCCGCCGCAUGGAGGAUCGAGACGCCCAAGCCCUCAAGGACCCUCAUCUCGACAGCAUUCCUAGCGAGCUGCUCUUGCAGGCUGUGGAGCUCGCGCUGCAGUGCACCGGCAUGCCUGCUUCCUCGCUCCCGCGCAUGCGAGAAGCCGCCGCUCGAUUGGACGCUCUCUCGAAAGAGUUUCUGCAGAAAACGACAUCGAAGGCCGACUCGCGGCUCGAGAGCAUUGACCAGGAGGUCGCAAUGCGGCAGCCGGAGCAGAGCUUGGAUGACGAGUUUCUGCGCAUUGAUGUUAUCUCUGGUGCAUGUGAUUGA